AAGCGGAUCACAAAACGAAGUCGAAAUUCCCAUCUCCGCCUUCUCGGUAUUAAAGCAAUGUCGCAGCCUUAUGACGUCCUCUUUACCCGCUACCCCAGAGGAGGAAAGGAACUUUAAGUUCGCCAUCCAUCGAAAAUCUACAAUGGCCGAGGAAGGCACUGCUGCCGGAGGUGUGAUGGAUGUCAACACCGCUCUCCCUGAAGUGCUUAAGACCGCACUCAUCCACGAUGGCCUUGCACGUGGUAUCCGUGAGGCUGCAAAGGCCCUGGACAAGCGUCAGGCCCAUCUCUGCGUCCUGGCUGCCAACUGUGACGAGCCCAUGUACGUCAAGCUGGUAGAGGCCCUCUGCGCCGAGCAUCAGAUCAACCUGAUCAAGGUUGAUGACAACAAAAAGCUCGGCGAGUGGGUCGGUCUGUGCAAGAUCGAUCGCGAAGGAAAACCCCGUAAGGUGGUGGGCUGCAGCUGUGUUGUUGUCAAGGAUUAUGGCAAAGAGUCUCAAGCCAAGGAUGUCAUUGAGGAAUACUUUAAAGCUAAGAAAUGAGAUGUUAAUAAAACGUGGAAAUUAA